AUGAAGUAUUCUACUGUGCCUCUGCUUCUCGUUCUCGGUGUCCUCUACACCGCCGUCAACGCCGACGAAACGCACAAGACCUACGCUCAACUCCUUGCUAAUGGUGAGGUUCCCGAUGCCUUGGGUGCUCGUGGCCAGCCUCAGAGUGAAAAGCAUGGUCAUGACGAGAGGUACCUGGUGUCUCCUGGACCGCCGUUCCUCUGUGUAAACGGCGACCCUCUUCACAAUGCCUCGAGAUGGGAGUACUUUGAGGAGUGUACCGACGUGGACACAUGUGAGGUGACAUUUGGUGGCUAUUCUGCGGUCGGACCCUGGUGCGGAGGGCCAAAAAAUCCCAACAAAUGCUGCGUCAUGUCACUCUGUGCUGCGCCCUACGACUCGACCCAAUACGCAUGUGUUGAUGUUGAGAAGUGGCCUUACUGUAGCGAGAUUGUAGGUGGCAAAGAACUCUGCCCGGGUCCCGAGUCGGUCAGAUGCUGUUCUUAGUUUCCGAAUGGAAUGGAAAGAGCAGUUCGAAUGAAUGGCUACUGGGACGAGCUGGAGUGUAUGGCAUGAUACUGUGGUCCAAUAGCAUAGAUUGGUUCUCCAGGAGAAUUUUUUUAUUAUUGAAUGAAUCCUGAGGG